AUGUCGCUCACCAACUUCUUCUACGAGCCUUUCUACUCCCUUUCUGACUUUGACCGCCUCUUCGACGAGGCGUUCAACGCGCGCAGCGGCCCCAGCCGCGCACAGAAUGGCGGCCAGCUCGCACGCCAGAACUCAUCUCUGAGCGCCCUUCGUCCCAAGAUGGACGUGCACGAAGAUAAAGAGAAGAACGUCGUGACCGCGACGUUCGAGCUCCCGGGCCUCAAGAAGGAAGACGUCAACAUCGACGUGCAGAACUCGGUUCUCACCGUCUCCGGCGAGACCAAGGUCGACGAGACGAAGGAGCAGGACGGCUACGCCGUACGCGAGCGCCGCUUCGGCAAGUUCUCGCGCUCGAUUCCUGUGCCGCAGGGCAUGAAGGAGGAGGAGAUCAAGGCGUCGCUCGAGAACGGCGUGCUGAGCGUGAGCUUCCCGCGCACAGCGUCCGAGGCUCAGCCCAAGAAGAUUGCUGUUGCAUGA